UGCUGGUGUGGAAGUCCCCGGUGGAAAUUCCCCUUUGCUUAGGGAGGGAGAAUAUUUGACUGUAAGCCAGAAAGCUUUGGGGUUAGUUUGCUAUAACCAUAUCACAGAGGAGUAAGAACAAUUAACCUUUCGUGUAGAAGCUAAGAUUGAGCAGAACAACAAUUUUCAUCUAUAAAAGCAAGAUGGCAAGCCAGCAAGGUCUCCCACAAGAUUUGUACAUGAGUAACAUGCUGAAAGCUGUGAAGAUUAGAAAAAUGGCUCAAAAGGAUAUUGUCCGACACAGCAGUGGAAUCAUCCACCAUUUUGAAACUAUGCAUCGGUAUACAAUUGAGCUGUUUAUGAUUUGCCAUUUUUGCGUACAAUUCCAGAAGAUCUUGCAAAAAUCUCUUGUUGACAGAGCGAUGCAAAUAGCCCUUGAAUCCCAUAAAAAACUUAAUGCUUGCAGAGAAGUAAAAAAACUAAUCCCCUUAAAGGCUCAUGGUGAUGGUAACUGCCUCAUGCAUGCCACAUCCUUGUAUAUGUGGGGUGUCCAAGACACUGAAUUGGUACUGAGGAAAACCUUGUACAAUGUUUUGAGGACAACAGAUACUCGCAACUUUAAAUUUCGUUGGCAGCUGGAAUGUGUCAAAUCCAUGGAGUUUACUGAAACUGGACUUCGCUAUGAUACCAAAAACUGGGAUGAAGAAUGGGACCAACUUGUCAAAAUGGCAUCAACAGAGACAUCACAGGGCCAAAAUGGUCUCCAGUAUAAUUGCCUUGAAGAAAUACAUAUAUUUGUCCUCUCUAACAUCUUACGGAGGCCAGUUAUCAUUUUGGCUGAUAAUGUAAUGAGAAGUUUGGAAUCUGGCUCCAGUUUUUCUCCUCUUAAUGUUAGUGGAAUUUACCUACCUCUUCACUGGCCAGCAAAGGAAUGCUACAAAUACCCUGUUGUUCUUGGAUAUGACAGUCAGCACUUUGCACCCCUUGUGACUAUGAAGGACAGUGGGCCAGAGAUUCGGGCAGUUCCACUUGUUGUUAGUGACGACGAAAACUUUGAAGAUAUGAAAGUCCAUUUUUUAACUGAUCAUGAAGAGAAGUCAAAAGAAAAGCUGAUAAAAGAAUAUUUAUCGGUCUUGGAAAUCCCUGUACAGUGCUGGGAAAAUGGAACAACCCAUUUAAUAAAAACUGCCAGGCUAGAUGAAGAUAACUUACCUAAGGAAUUACAUUUAGUGGAUGAUUUUGUGGAACUAGUCCAGCAUGAAUAUACGAGAUGGCAAGAAACUGAUCAAAACAAAAGUAGAAGAACCAGACUUGAAACUCUCCUUCCCCAGCUUUCUCUUGUGGAAGUGAAAUGCGAAACACCCAAUUGUCCUUUCUACGUGUCUGUGAACACGCAGCCUUACUGCCAUGAGUGCUACCAACACAACCAAAGGGUGACUAACAGACAGAAGCAAAAGAGCGAAUCUGUUGAACAUAGUUCAGAAUAUAUGGUUCCCUUUGAACAAAUAGUAAGUGGUGAGUCAGUGACUGGACAUGUCUCUACCCUUGCUACUGCUCCCAGUCUUUUCCUCUACAGUGAAACUACAGCAAUGAAAUGCAAAACCCCAGACUGCCCCUUUACGUUAAAUAUACAGCUUAAUGGACUUUGUGAACAUUGCUACAAGGCAAAACAUCACUUCCCUGUUAAUGCUGUGGGAAUGUCAAGCAGCACAGAUAUAAAGUGUAAUUUAUGUUUUCAGGACACCAAUAGAACUUUUAAUGGCAUUUGCAGUGCUUGCUUCAAAAGGACUACAGAGCAUUUCACCAAAUCAAGUGUCCCUCUUAAGGCGAAUGAGACAGCGGAUCCUGUUGAUCUUUCUAGGAGUCUCAUACCUCUGUCAGACCUGGAGGGAGGCCAUUGUGAUUCCCAAGAAUGCAUUCCUUCUUCCCAGUCUUUGGUGCUGUAUAAUAUAGAGAAAAAGACCGAAAACCGGAAAUGUAGAAAAACAGGAUGCCCCUUUUUUGGCACAGUACAAAAUGAAGGAUUUUGUACUUUGUGUUUUUAUGCAUUUCAAGAAAACAAUGCCAGCACAAGAAGAUCACCAAAACUCCUUCCACUUGUCAACCAAUCCAGUGCGACUACCUUUAAUAACUUGCCUUGUUGCUUAGGACGGGAAUGCAGCAGCUUGGGGAGUACACUAUUUGAAGGAUACUGUCAAAAAUGCUUUCUUGUAGCCCAAAGACGACAUCAGGCAUGCAGUGGAGAAACAGAGAUAUCUGGACAAAACAGAAGAAAAAAGCACAGUACUUCUGGCACUCAGGUGAAGCUUUGUGCCAGAAACAUCUGCAGCAACUGUUUAAUAUGCAGAUCUGAUGAAAUCUGUGAUCAGUGUAGACCCAAGCCUGGCUCUCAUAGGAUAACUGUAGAAAACUCUCCCAAGCAGCGCUGCUGUGCACCAGGCUGUGAUCACUAUGGUAAUAACAAGUGUAAAGGUUUUUGCAAUGAAUGUUUCCAAUUUAAACAUACUUAUUGGGAAGGGCUGGAAAGGACUGGCUCAAAUGACAUGUAAACCCCACAUUCUCCUACCUUAUAUGUAAGUUGAGCACAUCUCCCCCAUCUGGACUGCAAAAUACCUCUCUGUUUACCAGCGCUAUCACAUUCUCCUAAAACAAAUAGCAAGUGGAUAAGAGGAGAAGAAGGAAUCCUAAGUGAUUAAGUGGAUGCUGUUAAUCUUUUAAUAACCGGAGUGGUAGGUUUUCAAGGAUUCACUGUUAAUUUUAUUUUGUGGAGGGUUUACACGUCCUUUUUAAAGACUGAAUACUACAAAGAUGUGCCAUCCACAACACUUUUCACUAACAAUGCAAGACACUGGUUGCAAACUUUAAAGUAAACAAUGGUGACUUUAGCUUCAAUAUUUUUUUAAUUUAUGUAAAUACAUGAUUGUAGAUUAUAAAGUGAAAUUAAUUAUAUUUUAAUUUUUCAAAGCAUUCUUUUAAAUUUGUUCUUAAAGAAUGUUUUAUUUUUUUAUCAUUAUUAUUCAUUAGCUGUCUAUUGUCAUUUUUUUAUAUAUAUAUAUAUAUAUAUAUUAAUGUUUGUUGCGACUAUCAGAUGGUAUUCAUCAGGAUUUCUUAGUUUGAGAUAAUACUAAGCAAAAACAAAUCUCAUAACCAUAUUUCACCAUCAUUUACUUGUGGUCCUUCCAACCAUACAAAUGUGCUUAAGUUUACAAAGGGUUAUGUAAGAUAUAUAAUAAAACUGAUAAGAAAAGUUUCAGCGUGUCUUUCUAUGCAAACUUCAACAGCACUUUAAUACUAUUAACAAUGAUUUAUGUGGGAUAUUUGCCUGAAGGAUAUUAGAUAAUGAGAUGCCAAGUGACUGCUAUAAUGAUGGUGAAACAGAAUUGGCACACUUCAUAACUUGGCAUAUUUUUGAAGAUUCACAAAGCAAAGUAAAUAUGACACAUUCAACUUUCAUUGCAAAUUGAUUUUGGUGAAAUUUUAUCAAAUUUGGUAUUUAAUUUUUUAAUAAAUAUUCUACACUGUGAAAAACAA